CUUUUCUUCUCACUCACUCCUCACAAGCCACAACUAUUCCCCAUCCUGUUUUUCACUAGAAGAAAAAGACAUAAAAAAGUACACAUUAUUUUUCAUUUUGUGUUAAAUUUCUCUGGCAAUUCUGACCUGUGCGACUCGACCCGACAGUGCAACCCUUCCGAAAUGAACUUUCGACCUAAGUUCAAACAGUUACUUUUUACCACUACGACCGACAUCGGCAGCGCUGUCGGUGCGUGAAAAUUGUGAUAUUUAUUUAUUUACUAUUGUGCCCUGUUUUUACCCUUUUUUUUUCUAUUUAUUUGAUAUUCUCCACCUAUCACCAUCUCAUUCUUAUUAGUGGGGUUCGUGGGGUUGUGAAAAAGCUGCAAACUAUUCGCUGAUCUUCAAACCCCACUUCCAAAAACGGUUACUUUCUCUCUUUUAUAAACCCAAACAUCUCACUUUCACUUCAACUUCAACCAAAUCUUUCUGAGCUUUUUGAUUUGAUUCAUUCUGCAAUGGUUGAAAACUGGGUUUUCCGAUGGGUGGUGUUGGUGGUUGCGGCGGCGGUGAUGGGCGUGGAAGGGCUUGGUGUGAACUGGGGAACCCAAGCGACCCACAAGCUGCCACCGGCGACGGUGGUUCAGUUGAUGAAGGAUAAUGGGAUUCAGAAGGUGAAGCUUUUUGAUGCGGAUGAUUCCACCAUGGCUGCUCUUGCUGGGUCUGGGAUUGAAGUCAUGGUUGCAAUCCCUAAUAAUCAGCUUGCUGUCAUGAAUGACUAUGGUCGAGCCAAACAAUGGGUUAGGAAGAAUGUCACUCGUUACAACUUCAAUGGUGGAGUUAACAUCAAGUAUGUUGCAGUUGGGAAUGAGCCAUUUUUGAAAUCUUACAACAAUUCAUUCUUGAACAUUACUCUACCUGCACUGCAGAACAUUCAAAAUGCCCUCAACGAAGCCGGUGUCGGAGAUACCGUAAAGGCUACAGUGCCCUUGAAUGCUGAUGUCUACCAGUCUCCACAGGAUAAUCCAGUUCCUUCAGCAGGAAUAUUCAGGCCUGAUAUCAGUGGUCUCAUGACUCAAAUGGUGCAAUUUCUCAGCAAGAACGGCGCACCAUUUACCGUGAACAUCUACCCCUUCUUGAGUCUCUAUGGGAACGAUGAUUUUCCUUUCGACUACGCCUUCUUUGAUGGAGUACCAAACCCCAUAAUUGAUAAUGGGAUUCAAUACACCAAUGUCUUCGAUGCGAACUUUGACACCUUGGUUUCUGCUCUCAAAGCAGCAGGGUAUGGAAACAUUCCUAUUUUGGUAGGAGAAGUAGGGUGGCCUACAGAAGGGGACAAGAACGCCGAUGUAGGCAAAGCUCUGAGAUUCUACAACGGGCUCCUGCCGAGGCUUGCCGGGAAUAAAGGAACCCCGCUCCGGCCCGGAUUCAUCGAAGUUUAUCUCUUCGGACUCAUCGAUGAGGAUGCCAAGAGCAUUGCUCCGGGGAACUUCGAGCGCCACUGGGGGAUUUUCAGAUAUGACGGGCAGCCAAAGUUUCCGAUGGAUCUUUCGGGUCAGGGUCAGAACAAGCUCCUCAUAGGUGCACAGAAUGUGAAGUAUCUUGAACCAAAGUGGUGCAUGUUUAACCCUGACGCAAAGGAUCUCAGCAAACUCGCGGAUAACAUUAACUACGCUUGCACCUUUGCAGAUUGCACUGCACUUGGGUAUGGAUCUUCUUGCAACCACCUUGAUGCUAAUGGGAACGCCUCUUACGCGUUUAACAGUUACUUCCAGGUGCAGAAUCAGGAUCGCAUGGCCUGCAAUUUUCAAGGGUUAGCUAAGCUUACUACAGACAAUAUCUCAACACCAUCUUGCAAUUUCAUUGUUCAGAUAGUUUCUUCUUCAUCUUCUUCUUUGGUGCCAUCUCUUGUAGCUUUCUUAUUUAUUACCUUAUCCUUCAUUCUAUUUAAUUAGGAUUGUCCUGUAGAUACAUUAGAGAUGCCAUCAAUUUUUUUAUUUAUAGUUUCAUCAUUGCUUGGAGAUUUGGAUGAUAUAGUUUGCGGAUUUAUUUUAUAAAAAUCAACUAGUUGAUGAUA